AUGCCUGGAAAACGAAAGGCAGACCCUGACACGGGCGCUACGACGGCGUCGAAAAAAGCUCGCUUUGAUCAGUGGCUCAGCGACAUGGAGGAUAGCUCUGACUCUGAAGACGGACGCGCCGAGCCAGAAAACCGGUCAGACGACUCAGAGUCGAUAACAGAGGAGCAAAUAAACAAGGUCGCACGUCAAUUUUCUCCAGUUGAGGAGGAAAAUGAAAAGAGUGCAAGGCUAGGGAGCCGCCCUUCAAAGGCAGGCAAAGGAGUUGUUACUCAGCGUGCCAUCCCGUCUGCGGAAAAGGAAGAAGAUGCUGUCAAUUUUGCAGAACUUGGUGUUCAUCCUGACCUGGUGACCUCUUUAGCGAACAUGUCCAUUCGCAGACCGACUCCUGUCCAAGCAGCAUGUAUACCUGCUCUAUUACAAGGUCUGGAUUGCAUUGGAAAUGCCAAAACCGGCUCGGGAAAAACGGUGGCAUUUGCCAUUCCAAUACUACAGCAGCUCAUGAAAGAUCCUUAUGGAAUCUAUGCACUGAUCCUUACGCCUACAAGGGAACUCGCAUUCCAGAUUGCUGAUCAAUUCGCUAUCUUGGGUGGCCCAUUCAACGUGAGAACAGCUAUAGUUGUUGGAGGGAUGGAUAUGAUUGCGCAAGCCAUCGAACUAGAGAAUCGACCGCACGUCGUGGUUGCCACGCCCGGUCGACUGGUCGACCAUCUCAACAGUACAAGCGGGACUUGGAAUCUCUCCCGUGUCCUGGACGAAGCAGAUCGCCUGCUUACACCGACAUUUGCCACCGAACUUGCUGCACUCUUUCAAGUCCUCCCGCCGGAUAGGCAAGUAUCGCUCUUCACGGCGACAAUGUCAGACAAAAUCGAGGGCAUCGCAAAUGCUGAGCCAAAGCCCGGGAAAUCGAGACCUUUCAUUCAUCGGAUGACAGAUAGGAUAGAAACCGUCUUAACACUCAAACAAUACUACCUAAUUGUGCCGUCGCACGUUCGCGAGGUAUAUCUAUACCAUCUACUAUGCAAUCCCCCCCAGAGCAUUGUUCAUCUGCGCCGUGCCCCUCCAGAGAAGUCCAAGCCAGCUCAGUUUCGGAGAAAGGAAAAGCCAAAGAUGAAGAAAAAGCAAGAUUCUGUCGAAGAGGAUGAGAUUGUUCAGCCUCCACCAACAAUCAUCUUCUGCACACGACCAAAAGCUGUUGCCUAUCUCACCGAGUUUCUCAAAGCGCUCUCGAUCCGUGCUACGCCACUCCACUCACGCCUGACGCAGCGCGAGCGUCUAAACUCUCUCAAUCUUUUCCGUGCAUACGUCGUUCCUGUUCUUGUAUCAACCGACGUUGGUGCAAGAGGUUUGGACAUUGAUGAUGUCGCUAUGGUUGUCAAUUGGGAUAUGCCCGUCGAACCAGAAGAGUAUACACAUCGCGUCGGAAGAACGGCACGAAGAGGCAGAGGUGGUCUGGCCGUCAGCUUUGUAACGGAGAGAGACGAAGAACGAGUCAAAAGGGUGGAGGAACGUAUCGGCGCUCAAUUGGAAGAGAUGAAACUCCCCGAAUCCGUAGUUCUCGAGCCUAUCAACACAGUGUUUACCGCGCAGCGUGUCGCGAGAAUGGCAGUUCAAGAGUCUGACUUUGGGAAGCGUGAGGAAAUUCAUAAAAGCAAGAACGCAAAACGUGCAGCGGUACAGGAGCGCGAUAAAAUUCUUGGUAUUGGAGCUGAUCAGUAA